AUGGACACCUUCUGCCCACCACGUGAGCCCAGGAUCCUGCGGCUCAGAGCUGAGGCCCUGGGGUGCUGCGGCCUCCAGGUUAUCUCCCCACUGCAGGCACCCACCCAAGGAGCAUCCCAGGGGCCUCAGGGUGGGAGAGGCCAGGAACUAGGAGGUUCUCACUGCCCGAGCAGAGGCCCCACACCCACCGAGGCAUGGGGCUUCCCUGGGCUGUUCUGCUUGGCCGUGCUGGCCGCCAGCAGCUUCUCCAAGGCGCGGGAGGAAGAAAUUACCCCUGUGGUCUCCAUUGCCUACAAAGUCCUGGAAGUUUUCCCCAAAGGCCGCUGGGUGCUCAUAACCUGCCAUGCACCCCAGCCACCACUGCCCACCACCUAUUCCCUCUGUGGAACCAAGAACAUCAAGGUGGCCAAGAAGGUGGUGAAGACCCACAAACUGGCCUCCUUCAACCUCAACGUCACACUCAAGUCCAGUCCAGACCUGCUCACCUACUUCUGCCGGGCGGCCUCCACCUCAGGUGCCCAUGUGGACAGUGCCAGGCUGCAGAUGUACUGGGAGCUGUGGUCCAAGCCAGUGUCUGAGCUGCGGGCCAACUUCACUCUGCAGGACAGAGGGGCAGGCCCCAGGGUGGAGAUGAUCUGCCAGGCGUCCUCGGGCAGCCCACCUAUCACCUACAGCCUGAUCGGGAAGGAUGGGCAGGUCCACCUGCAGCAGAGACCACGCCACAGGCAGCCUGCCAACUUCUUCUUCCUGCCGAGCCAGACAUCGGACUGGUUCCGGUGCCAGGCUGCAAACAACGUCAAUGUCCAGCACAGCGCCCUCACAGUGGUGCCCCCAGGUGGUGACCAGAAGAUGGAGGACUGGCAGGGUCCCCUGGAGAGCCCCAUCCUUGCCUUGCCGCUCUACAGGAGCACCCACCGUCUGAGUGAAGAGGAGUUUGGGGGGUUCAGGAUAGGGAAUGGGGAGGUCAGAGGACGCAAAGCAGCAGCCAUGUAGAAUGAACCGUCCAGAGAGCCAAGCACGGCAGAGGACUGCAGGCCAUCAGCGUGCACUGUUCGUAUUUGGAGUUCAUGCAAAAUGAGUGUGUUUUAGCUGCUCUUGCCACCAAAAAAAAAAAAAAAAGGGGAACUAUGAGAUGGUGGAUAUGUUAACUUGCUUUGCUAUAGGAACCUUUGUGCUAUCUAUAUGAAUCCCAUCAUAUCAGAUUGUCUACCUUAAAUAUACACAAAAACAUUUAUUU